AUGCCUGUUGACAUCUCUCCCAGGGACAGGGGAUCCCAGUGGGCCUGACUUGAGAUGGGACAAUGCCAUAGCAAGAUAUCUGUGUUCUCAGAAUCUGACACCCCAGAGAGAAGCAGCAUGGCCUCUGGAAGUUUAGAAUCAGAUACACAAGAAAACAAAACAUCGAAAGUGUCGCUGGACACUGGACAGAUGGCAUUUACCUUGGCCCUACUAGAGUCCUUGGAGAUUUGCCUGAAAGCAGCAGAAGAAAAGGCUAAAGCUUUAUCUAAACAGCUUUCAGUCUCUGAAGGAACAAAAUCAAAACCGCUUGAACAAGUAUCCCGGCUGGAGGAAAAACUGGCUGUGAACCACAAGGAAGCCCGUGAGGAACCAUAUGAAAAAAUGCUACUUGCAAAAGACCAGUGCAUCGAGAAAUUGCAAGCUGAAGUAAAAGCUUCCCAGGAGCAACUUAUAGCCCAUAAACUAAAGCACAAAAAGAAAGUGCAAAAGCUGCGAACUGAUGUGGCAACAGUUAAGCAAGAGGCUGCCAUCACAGUCCUGGAACUCAAUGAGAAGAUAAAGAGUCUAUGUGAAGGAAAGUCAGCCCCUAGAGAAGACAGCUUGCUGGAAGAGUUCUGUGGAGGUCUCCCACCUGUGGUGAAAAGUGACAGAAAAAUUAGCCUGAUUAUGGAACUGUCGACCCAGGUUUCCCUUCAGACCAAGAGGAUCACUCAGCUUCAAGAAAUUUUGGAGGAAAAGGAAAGGAAGAUUCAGCAGCUGGAAGCUGAGUGGAGUGCCCAACAUUCCCAAGAGGUCAAGGACCCUCCAGAAUGUUUAUAAAAAGCCUCAAUUUUCUCUUUUGAUGACGUCCCUCUUGUGGUCUCUGAUGAGAAUUUGUAAAGAUUCCCAGUAAGAAAACAAUAAAAGUUUUUUAAGUGUCAUCCA